GUUGUCAUUCGCAUUUGUUUUGGGUAACAUAACCUUUCUUGGUAGUAAUGUUUGGUUGUAGUUUGGCUGCUAAAAUAUCAGGGAAAAUUGGUUUAAAGAUGAAUAAUUAAGGUCGUUGUUUAAAAAAAAGAAAUUUACGUACAACACGUACGUAACCAAGAUCAAGAAAAUAAGUAAAUGCGACACGCGAAAUACUAUUUUUACUAAAAGAAUUCAUUCAAUAUUUUACAAUGUUUGUGAUAAAUGGAGCUCUCUACUGUCUCAUUUUUCUAACCGUCUUCUCUUCUAUAAAAGGCCAUAACCAUCACCACAAUCACCACAACACACGGCAUCAUACUACGGAGCAAAAGUCAUUAAUAAGCACUAAAGAAUUAAGGAGAGUGUCUGAAGAAUUGUUUGAAAAGCUUCCCACUGGUAUUUACCAAUAUUUAAAUGUUAAUUAUCAAGGACAGAGAGAUUCUAAAGAUGCAAAGGAUGAAGCUGCAGAACCUUUGCUCCUAUUACCAAAAGAUUUGUUCGAUAUGGUACCAACCAUACGAUUAAUGCAGAAGUUGUAUGAUAACUACGAUAUGAAUACACUUCAUGCGGAAGAUGUUACCCUAGAAGAAGAUGAAGAGGAAAAUGAUUUUAUAGACAGUUUGCUCAAUACUAGUAUCAUGAUGCACUCAAUGGACUUUCUGUCUAGUAAAGGCUUUUUCCAAAAAAAUAUAAACGAGUAUAGGCAAAUCUUGAAGAAAAUAUGGUUUCAUCAGUACUCUCGAUCAAAUCGUACUGAGCUAGGCAGCUCUGGUUUUGAACAUGUUUUCUUAGUCGAGAAAAAAGGUGGUAGUCAUAUCACAGGACUGCAUAACUGGAUCUUCUUUGCAACUGAAGAAUAUGAGAACAAAGCAAACUACUUAGGAUAUAUUAGCAAACUGGAGCUAGCUAAUAAAGCAGCAGUGAUAAAGUUCUAUCUCUCGUAUAUGGACAAAAUCAAGUUAUCAUCAAUGUUCCUUGGAACUCCACCAGAAUUUGAAAUGGCCUUGUACACGUUAUGUUUUUUUGCUAGGCCAAACAAGGGUUGCAAUGUAUUAUUAGGAAAUGAGAAGAUCACGAUUCAGACUUGGGUCCAAUACUCAAACAAUGAGGCACUGAUUGGUUCGUCUUUUCCCAAGAUUUAUAAUUAAAAUGUUAAGAUUAUUUAUUAUAAGAUUUCAUUUCUCUCUAAUUUAAAAAUAUUAGCACAUAAAACGUGGUAGAAACGUAAUCAAGUUUCUAUGUAUUUAUUUAGUACAAUUUCAUUGAAACAAUUUUAUGUUUAGUUAAAUAGUUGCAUAAUCAAGAGACAAUAAUGACAAACAUUAUGAAUAAGGCAAUGAUCAAGAACUGACUAUGACUUUGUGUUCAUUAUCAAUAUGCGUAUUGAUAAAAAGCAUGUUUUAAUGAUAUUGAUAAUGAAAUAUGUUUUUACUAAUAGUUGUUUACUCCUAUUUAUAGCAAUUACAUUUAAAAGGGAAAUAUUACAAUUUUUUAGAAGCAUUACAGAAAAACAUGAUAAUAAAAAAAUUUUAAAAUCACAGUAUAGGUAAAUUUUAACUUAUAUACGAUAAUAAAGUAAUCUCUUUUCAGUAUUAAUAGGGUGCAUUGAUGAAACAUAUUUUUAUAUCGUUAAUCAAAUAUCUGUUACAACAACCUUUUUCAAUACUCUUAGCAAGUAUUAGAGUUCAGUUUGUAUUACCUAAGUAUUACUAGAUAAUUUUUAUAAAAAUAGAACUAUUAACAAGACUGGGGAUUGUACUUACAAUAAUGAUAAACAUAAUAUUGUAAUUUUUCUAUGAACGAAUUUGUACUGUGUUACAGUGUUCUAUGGUACUUUUGUACUUUGAAUGUAUUUUUUAAAACUCUUUCUAAAAUUAAUUCGAGCUCUGUAAUGUACCUGUAAAUUGACGAAUUCUUUGAAAAUAAUAAAUAAUUUAAUAGAA